AAGAGAUUUAAAUAAUACUUGUCAAAAAUCGAAAUAAAUAAAAAUAUGCAAUUAUCAUGGAAAAAAAUACUAAGUGCUAGUAUGUAAUUCUCAUGCUCAUUUUAACAAUUUGUAGGAAUAUAAUUUAGAUAUUCUUCGAUAUUAAUUUAUUCUACUAAAGAAAAUUUUGAAGACAGGAAAAUAAAGAAAAUGUCUGUAUAUUUUGUAAACACCGGUGAAACCGAAACUGAAGUUCGAGAUGAAACACAAGCGGCCGAAUUAAGUCCAACACAAACUGAGGCACAAACUGCCUUAGCGUCAUUUUGGCCGAAGGUAAUGGAAGAUAUAAAAAAAAUCACACAAAUGGAUUUAAAACAACAAACAUUACCUUUGGCUAGAAUUAAAAAAAUCAUGAAAUUAGAUGAAGAAGUUAAGAUGAUCUCUGCUGAGGCGCCAAUGUUAUUUGCAAAGGCUGCUGAAAUAUUUAUACAUGAAUUAACAUUAAGAGCUUGGGUCCAUACCGAAGACAACAAGCGACGUACAUUACAGCGUAAUGAUAUUGCCAUGGCAAUUACCAAAUAUGAUCAAUUUGAUUUCUUAAUUGAUAUUGUACCACGCGAUGAAUUGAAGGCUUCAAAACCUAGAGAAGAUGGACAAGUUAGAUCGGUUAAUGCAGAUCAGAUCCACUAUUAUUUCCAACUAGCCCAGCAACAUCAACAAGCUUUACAACAAACAACACCCAUUGCGCAGGCGACCACACAGCAAGCAAUACAAAUUGUUCAACCUCAACAAAUUCAAACGUUAACAGUAAAUCCAUUAGAUCAGGUAUUUGCAAACAAUCAACAAACCAGUACAAAUGCAACUACACAGCAAGUGGCGCUACUACAACAAGCGGCAAGUACCGCAACUGUUGGACAAACGAAUGUAACAAAUACCCAACAGCAAACAACACCAAAUAUACAAAUUGUGCAACAAAUUGUAACACCAAAUGGUGAUGUACAACAGAUACCUGUGCAAUUAACACCACAGCAGUUACAAAUGAUACGAAUGCAAGUACAAAGUGGUGGAAAUGCUCAACCAAUUAUCAUACAAGCGGCACCACAAAUGCAAGCAACUACUGCAAAUCAACCUCAGUUAAUUCAAGUAUCACAGCAAGCAAAUACAGCACAACCUGUGUAUAUUACACAAGCAACAAACAACCAAGGUGAUGAACAAGAAUGAUAAUGAACUAGUGAAAGUUUCUAUUUGUUUGCAAAUUAAUUCUUAGAAGAAUGUAUUUAUUACACAGUGAAGUAAUCGGUUCUCAACUAAAAUCGAUGACAUAAAUUUUAUAAGCAAUUUGUGUAAUUAACAAAAAAUUUAUAUGAAA